AUGGUGGGAGGCUGGUGGGAGCGUAUGAUACGGUCAGUCAAGUUGUCCCUUAGAAAGAGCAUUGGAGUCAAGUGUCUGUCUAGGAAUGAACUAGAGACCACAUUACAUGAAAUUGAAGCGUGCAUUAAUUCAAGACCAUUGACCUUUGUUGGCGAGGAACUUAAUGAAAAUCCUUUGUCUCCAUCACACUUUCUAAUUGGUCGUACUGCUGGGUUCCAAGUGGAAGGGGAUGAGAACAGCUUCCCAUGUAGCCUAAAGAUCAGGGAACAACUCAGAACUCAACAGCUGGAGAAGUUUUGGAAAAUUUGGAGUGACCAUUAUAUUAAGAACUUGCCUCCAACGGUCAAAGGUUUUACUCAGAAUUGUAGAAUCAGGAAGGGUUCCUUGGUUCUUAUAAGAGAGGAUAACAUUCCUAGAAUGUCUUGGCCUAUUGGAAGAGUAUUAGAAGUGUACCCUGGUAAAGAUAACAUUGUCAGAAGUGUAAAAGUCAAGACUUCUAGGGGUGUCAUUCUCAGACCUAUACAGAAAUUACAUGAUUUAGAAGUACAAGAUAAUGAUUGUAAUGUUGAUUUGAAAGAUGUAGCUUCACAUAAUGUUGAAGAUAAUGUACAAGGUGAUGAAGUGAUCUGCUCUGAUAUUUAUACCCGAGUGGGUAGAAGAGUAAAGGCCCCAGAAAGGUAUGGCCUAUGA